CUUCUUCGCCGGAGCCGCCACCCAGCCCCUCACCGCCAUCUCCUGCACCGCUCCCGCCUGGCGUGCCGCCUUCUUCGCCGGAGUCACACCCGGCCCCUCGCCGCCAUCUCCUUCCCCGCUCCCGCCUGGCGUGCCGCCUUCUUCGCCGGAGCCGCCACCCAGCCCCUCACCGCCAUCUCCUGCACCGCUCCCGCCUGGCGUGCCGCCUUCUUCGCCGGAGCCGCCACCCAGCCCCUCACCGCCAUCUCCUGCACCGCUCCCGCCAAAGGCACCGACACGGGUGCCAGCGCUAGUAACAGCAGCAGCGAGGGCAGCAGCAGCCCCAGCGGCGGCGAUACGGAGGACGGCGAUGAUGACCAGGACGGCUUCUAGCCUCCAUACAAGGGACCUUGGCUGAGAUUUCCGUCUCACCCGCGACUCCGCCUCUGUCCUUGUCUGCAAGCAGGCAUGGAGGACGAACCGACACCGACACCGCCGCCGUACCAGCAGCUGCGGGGGCUGCGUCCGCUGACUUGGUGGAAGGGCAGCCGUCGGCGUCGUCACGCCCGUCCCCUGCGCGGCUGCUGGCGAGCGGCUGUCAGGGCUGGCGGCAGCUGCUGCGGCGGCGCUGCGCAGUGCUGGCGGAGGAGCGGCGGCGGUGCCAGGGCUGCGGGGCGACCCGCGGGUCACUUCAUGUGCACCCGCUGUUGGGAGUGCCGCUGUGCCGCCGCUGCCGUGCGAGCGACGCGUUCCGACUGGUGACCCGGGAGAACGCCAUGCAGGAGUUUGGGUUGCGGGGAAGCGACUUCAGG